AUGGAGCAAUUAAAUAUGGCAUUGACAAUGAUAAAGUGCGAUGAGAAUGUAAGAAGGCGUAAAAUGUGCAAUAUAGACAGUGAUCUGUUACCUGAACCAAGGUGUAUUAAGCGCAGAAGACGAGAUACAGCUGCUGCUGCAAUCAGCUCUGAAGGUCGACUGAUCAAACAAGAAGUCGAUCCAACUGCUCCAACAACAGUGAAGAGAAGUUCAAGAUUCCGAGGUGUAAGCAGGCAUAAAUUGACAGGUCGAUAUGAAGCACAUUUGUGGGACAAACUCUCGUGGAAUGUAACUCAGAAGAAAAAGGGAAAACAAGGGGCAUAUGAUGAAGAAGAAGCUGCAGCGAGAGCAUAUGAUUUUGCUGCACUCAAGUAUUGGGGGAUAUCGACUAUUACCAAUUUUCCCAUAUCUGAUUACGAGAAGGAAAUUGAAAUUAUGCAGACUGCAACGAAAGAAGAGUACCUAGCCUCACUAAGAAGAAAGAGCAGUGGGUUUUCAAGAGGGGUAUCGAAGUACAGAGGAGUUGCCAGACACCAUCACUAUGGAAGGUGGGAAGCUAGGAUAGGAAGAGUUUACGGAAAUAAGUACCUCUACCUUGGAACUUACAGUACACAAGAAGAGGCAGCUCGUGCAUAUGAUAUUGCUGCAAUUGAGUACCGGGGGGUAAAUGCUGUUACUAAUUUUGAUUUAAGUACCUACAUCAGAUGGUUGAAGCCAGGAGCCAAUGAUUCAGUUUCUGCUCAGGAACAAAACUUUAGCCCAGAGUCGCAAGCAUUGUUAACCCCUCUUCGUUCAUGUGAAGAAUCCUUGUCCCCUUGCUCAAAAACUAGAGCCUUCAAUGUAGAUUUCCCGAGAAAGACUGAAAAAUUUGCAAGAAACAUUAGUCCGUGCAACAAAUCAUCUUCUCCAACAGCACUUGGCCUACUCCUUCAGUCUUCAAUAUUUAAAGAACUGGUUGAGAAAAAUUCAAAUAUGUCAGAAGAAAAUGAUGAGGAAAACACCAAGAGCCUGCUAGAGGUGAGCAGUGAUGAUGAAUAUGGAAAAAUAUUUUAUGAUGGAAAUGCAGAUUUUCCAUUCGUGCUUUCUUCUAAUGGCCAUGGAAUUGAGUUGCAAGGACACAUGAUUGGGAACGGCUUUAUAAACAUGGUCCCUAUGUGUUAA